AUGACUCACAUAACUAAUUAUCUCAGAUUACAUCAAGGCUCUACAUAUUUGUUGAAGGAGAACUAUGGACGUCGUAUAGACAAAUUUAAUGUUCAUGGCCUAUGGGAAUGGGACAACUAUAAAACACAAUUUGUAAAUAUUAAUUUAUUAAAUGAUUCAGCAUUAUGUUUUACAAUUACAACAAAUAUUGUUGGCAUAAAUGAAAAUGAAAUUCAUUUAGCUAAACAAGAACUUUUAUCUGAAUAUACUAAUGAAGUAGAUAUAAUUCAAGAAUCAAUUAAUCAAUCAAAAUAUUCUAACCCAAUGUCUGCAUAA